CUCCUGUGAGAAAUUUUCCAAUCAUAUGUUAAGCAAACAUACCUGCUUUUAAUUUAUCAAUAUUUUCAAAUAAAUGUAACAUAUGUAGACUUUUAAUGAAAGUGAUUACAAUAAAAUUAAAGCUAGUUAAACAUGAGUAGAGAAGAGUUAGCGGACAUCGUAAUCGAGGCGCUAGAAGUAUUUUUAAAUCAUAUACUAUAUUUGCGUGAUUUGUACCCGGCACAAAUUUUCAAAAAGAGACGCUUUUACAAUGCACCAGUAUAUGUUUCCAUAUUUCCGCCACUUAAUUCCUACAUACAUAACGUCUUGCGGACUGCACGAGAACUACAACAAAGAGGCGUAUUGCAAUGCGUAAUAUUACAAUUCUACCACGACGAAAUACCUUUAAAUGAGUGCUACUCAUUCAACGUUACGCAUUUUGAAGCUGAUGGCCAAAUGAUGUACGAGGCACAAUCGGCUAACGACAAAUUCCUGAUAGAGUUUGAAGAACAAUUACGCAGUUCAUUGUAUAAAUUAGCCGAGCGUUUAAAGUCAUUGGAUUCAUUGCCCAAAAGUGCUAAAUUCAAGGUAGCACUUAAUACGACUCAAGAAGCCUUUAUGCAUCUUAGCCACAAUUCAAAUUACCAGGACUUUCCUUGGCUAUGCGAUGGUUUAAACUUAGAAAGAAAUAAAAGUGAAAUUGCACUCCUUCCGCUUACCCGUUUGAAUAGUAUUGGUUUAAGAUUAAAUUUGGAAAUAUUUUAAUUAGAAAUAUACGGUAGGUGAUAUUUGCAUUUAAAAUCGUGUUA